CACCUCUUCCCAUUGGAACACACCCAGUCUCACCUCCUCCAUGGGUCUCAGCAGCAGCCUGGAAGCAUCUUUCAGACAACAGACAGAACUAGUCACAACACUGCAACCAGAUUGUGAGACUUGGAACUAAAGGAAUCAGUCAAAGGAGAAAGGUAACAGUAAAAAGUAUAAAGUUUAAGUGAAGUUAUACCCCUUCACUAUGGCAACAGAUCCUCGGGCCAGUCCCAAGAGUCCGGUCUCCCAGGACAACGGUCUGUGGAUGGAUGCUGGCUGUAAAUUAGCAGAGGACACAGAUAGGGCCAAGGGACACUCCUCCUUUUCUGAGGAAAAGUCCCAUGAGGUCCGGCAGGAUGUCAUACCGCCCCCGUGUGUCACUACAAGCAACCCCAAUGGGAUGGAGGAAGACGAUGAAGUCUUCAUCCUUCCGCCACCAUGCACAGACCCCUUUUGUCCAGGUGAGGGCGGUACUACACAGACCAACAUAAAUGUCUCAGUUGAGGCCAACAGCGUCAUAGAGGCUAAAGAAAAUCCCAGGAGCUUAGAUGGAGUCCAUGCUGAGCAGCUCCAGUCUCCAGUCGUGGAUAAGACGACAGUAACAGCGGAAGAAGAGCAGAUCACUGGACCGAAGAGCAGAGGAUCUAUGGACAUCCCAGUGCUAACUGAAGAACCGGGCCCUGCGUCGGUAACAGAAGUGGACCGAUGGAAGGAAGCGGGUGCCCGUAGUCCCGGGCCGUCACAUCGCAACGUGGACCUCGGUAUUCAGGAAGACACAGAUUCCACCCCAGACUCUGAGCCAGAGCGCUUCCUUGGCGACGAUGAAGCGACCGUCACGGCGCCAGGGCGCACAGACGAGAGCAGCGGUGACGCCGAAAGCAUGGACGAUGACACACUGCUGAACUGCGUGGCCAGGGAGCAUUGGGUCAGGAGGGACAGUGCUGGCGCUGAUGGACAGCCUCGGCUUUCUAUUUCAAGAGGCUUAUCCGGGGAACAGAUGACUGCGCCCUGGCCUCAGUCGCCUGCCUCUGAAGGGCAGGAGCAGGAGGACGUUGACAACCUGACAGUGGCUGAAGAUAUCCAGCAGGGGGAGAAGCUGCUGCUUCGCCUACACCUAGUGCAGCAGCGACACGACGGACACGCAGCUCAGGAGCCUCCGCCCUCGUACCAGGCAGCCACGAAGACAGGCAGUCAAGACACAGGCUGCCAGGAGGUCGAGUUAAUUGAGGGCGUGACGGAGGAGAAAGAAGAGCAGGGAGGGAGGGAGGAAACCCGCGGAGAAAGAGAGCUGGGCGAGAGCGUACAACUCCAAACCAUCCUGGUAGAAGAGGCCGCAACGUUAUUUAGUGAGAUCCAAACGUGUCCUCUUGCCCAGCUCAGGAAAGAGAGGGAAUGCACUGACGAUGACCAGAGUGACAGCGGGGUGUCCACUGACUUUGGCCCUGUCGGCAAUCAUGACAUCCACACCAGCACAACUCCAAUUAUUAACAGCAGGGCUCCCCCGCCACAGAACGAGAGGGACAUCCCGUCAGCUGUUGAAAGGAGGCCAAGCCUGCAGAGGUCUAUGGACGUGGCAAACACCCAGGAGGGUCCCGAAGUGCUGGACAUUGCACUAAUGAAGACUUCCCUGCUGGGUAAGACACUGUCCUCCAAGACAGCUGGCCAAGGGCCUGGGCGGGGCACUGACUGGCAGUUCUCCAAAAAAAAGAUGCAGAAGGAGAUCAGCCAGGAGAUCCAGAGGGAGCUUGUGUUGGUGAACUUGGGGAAGAUCCCCGGGGUCUACAGCAAGGGAACUGUACGCCAGAUGAGGGAGAGGAAGCUGCUGUUCGAGGCCUUCCAGCAGGGCAACGCAGAAGGAGCUGCCAAGCACAGUAGACCCCCCUCCACGGCAGGUCUAGGGAAAGGCCAUGUCUUUCCCUCUGUGCUGGAAAGAACACGCAGCUUGGAGCUCGUCUCUCUCAAAGCUUGUUCUCUCUCAAGAACCCACUCCCACCAGCUGUUUGACAUAAAGGCAAUGCAGGGCGGCUCAGGCCAAACCCUGACCGUAGAGAGCCAGCAUGCAGGUACAGGAACAGAGCAGCAUUUGGUUAUUCUGGAGAGUGACGACACAGUUGUAGCCCACUAUCCCAACAAAGACAGCAGAGCCCAGCGCCUAUGCAGAAGCCUAGAGUGCCUAAGUGUAGGGGGAAACACCUUCAGUGAGGAGGCAGCCACGGAUGAGAUGAGUGGAGCAGGACCCAGGGAUCAGGGCUCAGCCAUCCUCCGGGAGAACCCUUUCUAUAAGCUGCGUCCCUCACUGGCCAUGAAACCAGAAGUAGAGAAGGACAUCCGGGAGGCCAGAAAGAGGGAGGAGGAGCUACGUAGGCAGAGAUGCAGUCUAUAUGGUGUUGCAGGGGCAAGUGGAGGGAGACAAGACAGCUCGGAUGACCUCACCCUAGACUCCUCCGCCAAACUCACUCCAUCCACUUCCUCACUGACAACAUCAGCUGAUGGACGACAAACCAAGGGAAAGUUGGAUCGGACCUGGCCCCCACCCGAUCCGAAGCAUGUUGAAGACAACCCUGGACAAACACAGGAGACGAAGGUUUUCAAGGCAGGUGGCCAGAAAACGCCUCUGUGGCAACGAUGGGAGGCAGGAAUGGUGAGCGGCCCACAGCCACGGAAACAGGACUGAUACUGAAGACCACACACACCAGACCGUGUUAUUAUGACGCGUUACACCCCAGUAAACAAUUAAGAGGAUAGAAGUGUAUGAUGUAUGAUUGUAGCGGUAACCAUGGCAAAAACUUGAAUUAGUUUUAGCUGGAACAUUCCAUGCUUUGUAAGACUGAAAACUGUAUUGUAUAUACCAUUACAAUUUAAUUACAAAUAUUUACAAUGUACAAAAUACGUUUUCAUUUGAUCUUCUAGAUAAAGGUGUUAAAUACUCUUCAGUGUUCAUUCAAAACGACAAAUAAUAUCCACAAUUUGGAUAAACGUCAUGAUGAAGAAUUGCAUUAGUGUGAAGUUGAUCAAAAUACUUUGAAUAUUCAAUACAAUUACAAAUAUUUUAAUUAUAUCUGUCUGCUCAUACUGUGUACGGUACCUCUGAUUUGUCCUGUCAAGCUUGGCUAAUAAGUAUUGUACAGUAAGUUAAUAAAAUAUACUGAGGGAAAAACUA